CGCACUUGUUACGUAGACUCAGGAUAUUGGUACAAUCUACUAUACAUCACUGAUCACUUCAUAUAGUUUGUGCUUUCAUUAACUGACUGUUGGCUUUAAGUACACAUUAGCUGAUCACACUUUUAAGCUUCAUUGGACAACGGAUAUAUUAUGUGUAGAAUAAGAUCAUUUUUGUAAUAAGCCCAAAAAUCCUAUAUUCGUACCAAUGGCUGAGAAGACUGAGAAAGAGAAACCUACAAGCUCUUCAGAGAACCUGACGUGUCCAUUAUGUCUUGAUAUCUUCGACGAGGCAACCAUCCUGACUUCAUGCGGACACACCUUCUGUCGGAAGUGUCUCAAGAACUAUGACUUGUCCCAUCAGGAUCUCGAUCACAUGAUCUGUCCUCUCUGCAGAGAGGUCACCAAGUUGUCGGCGAACCGUGUCGAUGAUUUCCUCACCAAUGUGACUGUCAACGGACUCGUAGAAGAUUACCACGUCGAAUGUGGAGGGAUGAAUGCUGUCCUUCAGAUGCGUCCAAAAUGCUCUGCGUGCAAACGUCAAGAAGAGGCUGUGUCAUUCUGCAAAACCUGCAACAGCUACUUGUGUGAGCAGUGUCUGAUCUGUCAUCAGGGUUUGUCCUUGAUGUUUGAGACCCAUGAGAUUGUAUCCAUACAGGAUAUCAUCAACGGGAAGGUCAGCAUUAGUCAUCUAUCCGAGAAGUGCUACAUCCACAAACAAGAGAACAAAGAUAUGUUUUGUGAGGAUUGUAAGGUCCACGUCUGUUUCAAGUGCGUGAUCGUCGGUCAUCAAAUUCACAAAAUCAAGAAUCAGGCUGACUUUGAGCAGGAGUUACGGCUUAAGGUGAACGACCUUGUCCAGCGAUGUGCCACUAAGAAAUCAGAACUGGAGAAGAACAUUCAAAAUGUGGAAGUACAACGCCAUGAAGUAUACAUUGCCGUGCAGAAACUUCUGGACGAUGUCAGUCAAGCCUACAGCAUCAAGGCUAAAGAGCUGGAAGAAAAUCAUCGAAAUCUCAUCGAGCAAAUCAAUGCAGUAAAGCGGGGUUUCGAGGACGACCUCAACGUCUUGAAAUCCAAGGAUCGACAGAAAAUCAAGAGUAUUUGUAGUUCAAUAACACUGGUAGCUAAUGACAGACUGGGUCGUCUUGAGACAGACAGUCUGUCUGCUCAUACCUUGCUCUGUGAGGAGCUCGAUGCCAUGCUGAAGGAGGCUACUGAUCACACUUCUGCGACAGCCAUUACUAAGAAAGCACAGAAGAAGAUGUUCAAGCCUGCAGUUGAUACUCGUCUUGACCUCGGGAGCAUCUUAGAAUCAGAUCCGAGGUUGCAAGUCAUUCAGUGUGUAGAUCUUGGGGUAAUGAUGUGGGGAAUGACCCAGUACUCUGAUGACAGUGUAGCUAUCGGAUAUUCUGAUAAACAUGGUAUAGAUAUAAUUGAUUCAGCUGGUAACAAGCACCAGUGUGCAAACAUAUCAAGUCAAAUGAAGUGUCUUGAUCUUGUAUUUCAACAAGACAGGUCGUUAUGCAUUUGGCCGGGUGGCAACCAAGCACACAUAUAUUCUCCCAAUGGCUCCACGAAAUCAACCAUCCGCGUGAACCGCAGUGGCUUUCUCAGACUAAACAGAAGUCCAUCAGAUGAAAUCCUUAUCGCUACCAAUGAGAAUCAAGUCUCUAUUUAUGACCCGACUGGAUCCACUCUCAAACACGCUGUUCCAACAAAACACAACAAUACGAGGCAGGUAUCUGGCACAAAGUCGGGUUUGAUCGUCACGAGUUCAUGUAAUUACCCCGAUCCAAGCUUGGUGACGGUCUAUGACAGGGAUGGGAAUGCUGGUAAGUCUCUACAAGCUCCAAACGAUAUAUACCUGUUUGCUGCCCUGGAUGAGCAGGACAAGGUGUAUGUAGCGAGUGUAGAUCGUAUGAAAGGUAACGUGGUGAUCAGGCUCUAUGACCUUGAUGGUCUGAACCUGAAGGAGAGAGUUGAGUUCAAUGCACUUACUUUGACGAUUGGUUCUGAUUGGUGUUACUUGGUUUCCCCCUCUCCAGACAUACUCGCGUUUGCUAGUCACAAUAAGUUGUAUUUUAUCAAAGUAUCACUGUAAUCCAUCUCACAUCCUAUAUAAUACCAUUAUUUGUAGUGUGUAUACCUCUCUGCUCCAGAUCUAUAAAAGGGGCCAAUGUUUCAUAUUCUAAUUUUUAUUAUGUAAUAACUAUAACCGAAUGAGAAGAUGUUCAUUCUCUCAAUAGAUUUUCAUUACCUGUAUACAGUUGUCAUUCUCCAUUAUCCAAUAACAUGAAAACUUCCCUCUAUCGAAAUAGUAUGUAAUAAAUAAGUAAAAUAUGCAU